CGGCCUCUGUUUGUCAGACAGACUUGAAAUCCGAGGGAGACGAGCGCGCCGCCAUUUUCAGAGUGUCGCUCUCCCUGAAACAACAACAAUAAAAUACGGAUAUGCUAGGGAAAUAUCGUCAGAUUUAUGGGUGAAAUGCAUUUUGUAACUACAGAAGAUAAAUCCAACGCACUUUCAAGCAUUUGUGGUUGAUGGAAGAUCAAUAUUCUAUACGUGUAUUUUUUUCAGCAGGCAAGCAGAGUCGGCUCCUUCGCUAACUACCCGUUCUUUCGCCCAUUUCGUGAUUUCGAGAACAACACGGGUUUACCGAAACUGGAGCACACGAGAAACGGAUUUAAUCUACAGGAGUAUUUGUCCAAUUGCAAGCUAUUUAUCCCAUUUUGGUGUACUGGUGUAUUAUUUUUUUUCUUAACAUUGGGGAUUUGAGACUGAAUUCCCCCGGAUUCGGCUCCUCAUCACGUGGCUGUGCCGUGGAGAGUGGGUAGUGGUAGCUGGGUGCAGUGGAUCUGGCCUGAGCGGUGCCAGACGCCCCGUCCCGGCCGCCCCCCUUCCCCACCCCCUCCUUUCGCUGCAUGGCUGCGAUGGCGCCCGCUCUGACUGACGCUCCGCCCGAAGCCCACCGCAUCCGCUUCAAGCUGGCCCCUCCCUCCACGCUCUCGCCCAAUCCCGUGCAGUCCGGUGUCGCACCCAGCAACGGCGCCGUUGUCAAGCGCAGCCGAGCGGCCGCUGCCCAGCCCCCCUCCCCAGACCACCACCACCCCCAUACCACCACACCCGUUGGUAACGGCAACAACAACAGCAGCAGCGGAGGCGGCAGCAGCAUAGCGGUCCCGUCCUGCAAGCUCGAGGAGCCGUCAGUGCAGACCGAAGCCUCGGCGCCGCACGCGCUGGGCCGGCUGCAGCCGUUGGUGGCCUCGUACCUGUGCUCGGAUGUGACGCCGGUGCCGUCCAGCAAAGAGUCCCUGAAGCUGCAGGGUGUCGCACUGCUGCAGACGCACGGCCUCCUGCCCGCCCUGCUGCCUCGCCAGCGGCAGUCACUGGAGCUGGAGCUCUCCGAGGAGCGCCUGCGCAGCCUCAUGAGUGGCACUGGUGGCGUGGGCACCCCCACGCCCCCUGUCAACGGCAUGGCCAAGAAGCUGGCCAAGCCCGCCCCUGGCAAUGCAGAGCGAGAUGGACUGCUGGCCACCAGCAUUAACAACAACCCUGCUGCACUUAAUGGAGGGUCCAACGGCAUCAGGACGCCCGCAGGAUCGGGGUCAGGGUCGGACUCUCCCCCUCCACCUCUGGAAUGCGCCUCGCGAGGGGGUCUCCAUGGCAAUGGCCCCUUCAGGAGUGCUGAAGGAGGCGCCGUGGACCCCCAGCACCCAGACGACGUCUCCCAGGACAACAGUAACCCUGAGCAACCGCCUCCACCUAGCGUCUCUCCCCCGUCGCAGGACCCCACAGACCGCAGCAACAACAACAACAGCAGCAGGAGUAGUACGGACCGCCCCCCAUCGCUGGCGUUAACAGACUCUUCCAUCCCACCAUCCUGCUCACCGCCACCCCCCAUCAGCAGCUCUCCACAUCACCUCACACCAGCACCGGGCAGCCUCGGAGCAGAGCUGCGCGAGCGGACGCAGCAGAGCCAGAGCCGGCAAGGCCAGAUCGAAGGCCGUCUACGGCGCCUGCGCAAGCGUCUGCAGGUGGUGCAGGCCAAGCAGGUGGAGCGGCACAUCCAGCAACAGCUGGGAGGACUCCUGCAGGGCACACUGGGGCCUCUGGAGGCCUUGCGCAAGAGGGAGACUCCCAUCGCCUCCACCUCUGCCUCCACAUCCUCCGCAGCUGCCGCCGCACUCACCCCCCAGGAGCGAGAGGGCCUGGGCCGCUUCCUUAAGGGUGGCUCGGUGCCAGCGGAACUGGAGAGGCUGUCCCUGAGCGGCGCCACCAACCUGCACGCGGCUGAAGGGGCUUUCGACUCGGACGCCACAGAGAGCAGCAGUGGCGGUGAGACGGACGUGGAGGAAGAGGAGCUUGGACGCGUCGACGUGGAGCAGAGACACGUGCCGCUAUGGCGACGUGCAGAGGGGCGUUAUGCUGUGGACCGGGCCUCCAUUAUCAGCCACUGGAACUGGCUUCAGGCUCAUGUGUCAGACCUGGAGUACCGCAUCCGCCAGCAGACAGACAUCUACAGACAGAUCCGCUCCAGCAAGGGCCCUGUUGUGUUGGGAGAUACCGCCCCUGGAGAGCCCUCAUUGGAGGAAGUGUGUGAGGUGAAGGAGGAGCCAGUCUCUUGCCAAGUGUCUCAGGACUUUGGCUCUGACGUCCCGGAGAGUUCCACAGACCCAGGCUUGAGGAAGGCGUAUCCUUCAGGGAAGCAGGUCAAUGGGGUCAUCAACAAUUUGAGGCCUGCUUCUUCAGAGACGGGCGACUCAGAGGAGCAAUAUCAGCAGCAGCCGCAGUGGGGGAGCGUGUCGUGUGCGGCCUCCUCCCCCCCUGACCACACAUGUGUGGCUGCUCGCACACGACCCCUCAUCAGCUGCAAGAGACGACGACUCGUCAGACCAAGCACACUCACCAACCUCAACCGCAAGGUCCAGCGUGUGAGUGUGUGUCGCUGCAGCUGUGAGGCGAACCCUCAGUGUAUGACGUGUGUCGGCCGCUCCACCCCGCCACUCGAGCCACACUAUGAUCGGCCCUUACUGGAGCGCCUGUCUCAGUACGACCCCAGCGUCCACCCCAUCCUGUCCUUCACAGACGAUGUCAUGAUGAGUCUGCACAUGCAGCGUCUGCUGAAAUCUCAUUGGCAAAGCCGACCGCUGGAGAAGAUCAAGCCCAUCAAGAAGCUGUCACUCAAACACAAGCUCUCCCUCGGCUCCCGGCCCUCUGAUCCCGCCUCCUCGUCAUCCUGCUCCAAAGACAAACACAAGCUGUCCAACUCGCUCUCGUCCACUGUCCGCCUGUCCCAUCAUAAGAUGCGCAGUGAGAAGCUCCAUCGCCAGCAGUUCAACAGCCUCCUGAGUGCCUCCAAGCUUGAGGGACGCCAUCACCGCGGAGACAGGGGACCCACAGUGUCCCACGGUGCCUAUGACAAGACGUACAGUCGCAAGAGGCCCCGUGAGCACUCUCUGGAGAGGAUGGAGAACACCCCAAAGCUAUAUACGGAUGUGGGGAGCCCGUGUCCAUCUCUGUCGGGGGUGCAGACCCCCACCCACAGCCCCCUCCUGAGGCAGAUCUCCACCUCCUCCGAGACCUCCACACCCCUCUCUCUCACUGGACAGAGCGCUACCAGCACCCCGACCCCCAUUCGCAGGAGGAGAGGAGAGAGCUCCUUUGACAUCAACAACAUCGUCAUUCCCAUGUCGGUAGCGGCCACCACCAGAGUGGAGAAGCUGCAGUACAAAGAAAUCCUCACACCCAGCUGGAGGGAGGUGGAUGUCUGUGCCAAGCCCAUAUCAGCUGAGGAUGACACCGUGGAGGUGGAGGAUCUCACUGACACGGCGUUCGGUCAGCUGCACCAGCCAUGUGAAGACCAGGAGCGCUCCCGCUGGAGUUGGACUGCCACCGCCGUCGCCAUGCGCAGGGGAAGCCGCUCGUACAGGUCAUCAGACGGGCGCACCACUCCCCUGCUGGGGGGAACCCACCCUUCCACCCCACAGCCCUCAUCCCCGGACACGGCGCACUUCCAUCUGCUGCAGGACUCGAGCGGCGCCCCCUCCCCCAGCAGCCCGCCCAGCCCCGACAUGCUGCUGCCGCACACACACCUGCACGCGCACUCACACCGUCUGCUCUCCAGCGAUGACACGCGCUGUUCCACGCCCGACGAAGAGAUGAUCUUGCCACCCGUGCAGCCAUGGGAGCGCCGGAACUUUCCGCUGCAGUCGGACCUGCCGCGAGAGACAGACGAGUCUCAGGAGGGCCCUGCCGAGGAGCGGCAGUACCGCACCAUACGACGCAUCUCGGGCAGCAAGACCCGCUCGGAAUCGGACACCGGACCGCCCUCCCCACUCCCUGACGAGAGUGGCGGGAGCAGCAGCAGCAGACACAGAACCCCCACCUGCACACCCAAAACCAGCCAUCGCUGAACCACCCUCACCCCCCCCUUACCAGAGACGCUCACGCUCAGCAACCACAACGACGAAUGAAAAGUCCUGUUGUUUGAUAUUCAAACAUCAGUCCAAAAAAAAUUCACAGUUUUUAGUGAAUGAUUAUAUGCGAAAAUGUUAGAGAUCUGUUAAAAAAUAUUUUGUUUUGCUUUUUACUUUUCCUUUUGUGGUCACUGGAAGUAUGUUUAGACAAAAAAAAAAAGUACAAAAAAGACAGAUUAGAUAGAUGGCUUUAACCAUGGCGGAUGGGGCGGAUCUUGCAGAGUGUGUCCUGAUUGGCUGAAACACUCUUUGUGGCUGAGAAUGGCUCUUGUCUUCUGUUCCUUCCUCAACCAGUGUAAAGUGAAGACACUUAUGAAAAUGAAGCGCAACAUCCCGUCUCCCACUCUUCCCACCCCUCCUUACCCAACCCCUGCUCACACCUAUCGCUAGAGCACUUUGGGACUAGACCCUCUCUCACAUUCCCCUCUGUCAUUUAACUCCAUUAUGCUCAUCCUGACUCUAGGCUGUAGACAGGACGUAUGCUAAAGGGAAAAAAAUGAAUGAAUGAAUAAAUUAAUGAUGAAUAAAUUAAGGCACCAGAAGCACUUGUGUUUUCAGAGAACACUUGGUGUUGCGCAUCUUUUCGCUCAAUUUCAUGAAGCACUCUCUUUUUUUUUUUUUUUUUUCAUAUUGCCCACUCUACCGGUUACCGGUAUGUGACAGGAUAUGCCACUGAGUUUAUCUUCAAAGCCAGUCCGGUGUCAGUAUAUGAAGGUUCUUUUCCAUUUUCUUGUAACUCUUCAUGAUGGAUCUCAUCUCUUUUGCGCUUUGGAACUCUUAAUUCAGGCUUCUCACCUCACCUCCCCUCACUCUCAAUUGAUAAUUAUUUCCAGGAACCCAAAAGUCCUUGCAAACAUACAUUACUGGUUCCAUGAAGUUUAGAUUUUUGGCAUCUAGUAGACGCCAAAGUAAUUACGGAAAAUGUACUUAGAUCAGUUAUUACACACAGAAUAUUCAGCAUUGGGCAGAUUUCCUCUGCUGAAAUGUGUACAAGUAAACACCAACCCCUUCUAUUGGUAUGUCUUAUGACUCUGCAUUGCUCACUAAUCUAAUCUCACUAAUAAUUGCUAUCUAAAAAAACCCACCUUAGACAAUUAAAACAUGUCUCAAGGAAUCACUUUUGGGUAUAGAAUGUCUCUUGGUGACAUAAAGUGUGUGUUUGUCGCCAUUGAUGUAGAUGCCCACUAUUCCCUUUAGACGUUUAGAAAGACACUGAAUGGAUUGUCUGUAGUCUUCUGUUGGCCCCGGGUGAGACAAAACCCUUCCCCUCGCCGUUGUCUAAUCCUGCUCUCGGCCUGUCCCUCUGGCCGAAUAUGACGGGCUGUAGCGCGCCUGAUUGUAUGUGCCAAGUUCGUAUGUAACGCUUGCAAUCACUGCCCCAAAGCGUCAUGCUCAACUCCUUAGUUGUAGUUUCAUGUCAUUGGAUAGUUAUCUGUGGCUCGUUCACGUUAAUACAAACGAAUGUAUCAUAUUCAAUAGUGGACCGUUACUUCCUGUUAAGUUCCCCCCCCCCCCCCCCCCCUUGCAGAACGCUCAUAUCUGCACCGAUUAGUCCCGUUAUGCCCAUUUAUCUGUCUCUGGAUUGAGAGAAUCCGGGUGAUGCUCGUGGAUCCUUAGCCCGGUGGAUUGUCUGGAACAGCAGACAGCAAAAAUCCUGAAGGACGUCUGAUUGUCAGUCCGGAUGGUGUUUGUAAAAGCCUCCGACUACCAUGCCGUUUAUGUGACCCUAUCCCAAGUUUGUCAUUAUAAUCAAUUACGCUUUUCUGUCCCUGCUGGCUGGGAAUCUUAAAUCCCACUUGGCAGGUUUGAUGUACAAUAGGGUUUGACUUAGCGUUGAAAAGCCAAUAUUGUAUUGUGUGGGUUAUUUUCAUACUUUGAAUAUCCAACGUGGUGAAUGGGGAUGGGUGCGUCUGGUAUAUCCUUUAGCAUGUAAUAGUUUGUACAAAAAAAGAGUAUAUUUUGUAAAUACCUCGUUUGAUUCUUUACUGUGUUUGAUGUUCAGGCUGUAGCUGUCCUGAUUGUAUAGGGAGAAGACACAAAUAUUUAACUUUUUCUUUAUGCAGAGGCUAAAACAUGUUUAUGAAUAAUUGGCAAAGACGGGAUGGCAACAUUUGUGUAUCUCAAAAUUAAAGUGAAUUAUAUUGUA